GCUCGCUACUCCCACAUUCUAACAUAAACAAACAAAGACUUCGCGGCUAAAGAUACAGAGAGUGAGCGACGGAGAUUGGAGAGACUGAGAAAUCACCAACAAUAUGAUCAUUUCUGACGGCAACCAUCUCCAACUCUAGCGAGGUGCCAUGGUACUAUGUAGAACAAUCGAAGUCAUGACAUCUCCAUCAAGAUGUAGGACUGACUUCAUGAAUCAGCAAGCGAGGUUCUUUAGUAUCUUAAAAUAUUCAUUCAGUUGCGCAUGUACUCUUCUGGGAUUAUGGAGAAGAAAGAAGAGAAAGGAGAGAGUGUGUGUGAGGAAAGUUUUGUAGAGACGUGCAUAAAUAGUGGAUUAUCCUAAAAGUGACUGCAAUGGAAUUUUGCCCGACUUGUGGGAUGUUAUUGCAGUAUGAAUUGCCGCAUAUGGACCGCCCCGCCAGAUUCUUUUGUCCAACAUGCCCGUAUGUAUGUCACAUAGAUAGUAAGGUUAAAAUAAAAAGAAAGCAUCGGUUAGUUAAGAAAGAACUAGAUCCUAUCAUUUCCAAAGACGACGAGCUUGAACAUUUACCAGAAACUGAAGCUCCUUGUCCUAAUUGUGGUCAUCUUAAGGCAGCCUUUGGUCAACAGCAGACCAGAUCUGCUGAUGAGCCGAUGACAACAUAUUACACAUGCAAGAAAUGUAGACACAAUUGGAAAGAAGACUAACAUUGCUAUUCAAGCAAAAUCUUUUGGCUUACUGGUGGUUUGCCGUGAGGUUACACUUUUUAGGGGAGCAUUGCUCGUUCACUGGGUUGUAUUACUAUCAAUUCAACAUUAAGCAUCUUGGUGUUUUUGCAGAGGCUCCGUGCCUAUGACUGUUUGUUGUGCUACCUGGAAUCAUCUAUACUUGCCUCUUCUUUUCUCCUAAUUCUGUUAAGCUAACUGAAAACCAAGGGCUAACCCUCUUUAAUUAGUCAUAAUUUUCACCAUUCUGAUA